AUGAUUUUGAAGAAUACCGGAGAGUAUAGUAGAUUGUCGAUUGCACAAUUCAUUGAGAAACUUGAGGGACAAGAUCUUGAACAACAAAAGAUUGCUAGAAUGAACAAUUCAAGCGGUCAACAAUACAUCAAGAUGUACUACAAAGUCUCUCAACAACAGCUUCAACAACAACCAUCAUCAUCCAAUGCUAAUCAGAUUGAAGAUGGAAAGAAGAAAGCUUAUCUAGUUAAUCAAUAUGAUGAAAGAGUGCCAGAAGAUGAUGAGAAAAGUCAAGAUGGAGAAUCUGUUUCUUCAGAGAAUAGUUUAGAGAAGAGACAAGUCUUUGAUCAAUCAUCAACUGAUAGUAGUGAUGAUGAGGAAGAAAUUAACCAAAUUAACAUUGAUAAAUUGGAGAAACGAAAGGAGAAGCGAGCAGCAAAAGAUCAGAAAAAGGUAAAAUGCAAGAAUGUUGCUCAGGAAGAGAAGUCUGAACAAAGUGAAGAAGUUAAAGUUGCUGAGAAGACCCGAAAUCCAAAAAGCGGAGUGAGUGAGGUGCCUAUAAUCAAAAACGCCCUAAAAGAGUAUUGUAAGACAUGCCGCCAUAAAUCUUUUCCACACUUGGCAUCAUGGGAGGUUGCGAGACAUCACCCGAAGUGGGUACCUGUUACAUUGGUCGACAUGGAUGGGCCGACGGCUCCAAAGAAAAGAGGAGGUUCCAAAAGAUUAAAAACUUCUGAGUCUGGGAACUACACUACUUCUGAGUCCAGCAACAUGCCCGAAAUGAAUCUGAACGACCAACCCGAUGACGAACCCGAACGAGAUGAUACACCCACAAGGCCGCAUCGCAAGAAAAGUGGUGAUUCGUCAAGCAGAGGAAAGAAAGCGGUGGCGGACUCCAUCACCGAAUUCAAAGCGGCUAGGUUGGCGGAAAUGGCCGAAGCCAAAGAAAGAAAAGAAAAACUUGCGGCUUCAAAACUUAAACAUGAUGAUGCGUAUAUUAAACACUUGACCAAAACGAAAAAAAAUGAAAUUGGUCUUACCUACAUAUUUGCUACAAAAAAAUUUGUGCAAAAUAAACUUGUCGAAAAUCAGGAAAUCCGUAGCAACUAG